AUGGCGGACGAAGUUUACGACGGUGCCAUUGGCAUUGAUCUGGGUACUACCUACUCCUGUGUUGCUACCUACGAGGGUACCAAUGUCGAGAUCAUCGCCAACGAGCAGGGUUCUUUCACCACCCCUUCUUUCGUUUCCUUCACUGAGAAGGAGCGUCUGAUCGGUGAGGCCGCCAAGAACAAUGCUGCCAUGAACCCCCGCAACACUGUCUUCGAUGCCAAGCGUCUGAUUGGUCGUCGUUUCGAUGACCCUACCGUCAAGAAGGACAUCGAGUCUUGGCCCUUCAAGAUUGUCGAUGACAACGGCAGCCCCAAGAUCGAGGUCGAGUACCUCGGUGAGAACAAGCAGUUCUCUGCCCAGGAGAUCUCCUCCAUGGUCCUUACCAAGAUGAAGGAGAUUGCCGAGACCAAGCUCGGCAAGAAGGUUGAGAAGGCAGUCAUCACCGUUCCUGCCUACUUCAACGACAACCAGCGUCAGGCCACCAAGGACGCCGGUUCCAUCGCCGGACUCAACGUCCUCCGUAUCAUCAACGAGCCCACCGCCGCCGCCAUUGCCUACGGUCUUGGUGCCGGUAAGUCUGAGAAGGAGCGUAACGUUCUUAUCUACGAUCUCGGUGGUGGUACUUUCGAUGUCUCCCUCCUCAACAUCCAGGGUGGUGUCUUCACUGUCAAGGCUACUGCCGGAGAGUAA